UUGUUUUGUGUUACCUCGGCUCCUAACAAAAAAAAAGCCAAAGUGUGAUCAUUGUUGUGUUGUGUAAAGUAGUUCGAGUUUCACUGAUUUCUAAAUGGUUUUUACGUACCGCUUUAGUGAGUUUAGUUAAUAAAAGGAAUGAAGGAAAGCCUCCUACAAGGGAAAUGGAUAAUCGAAAGUUCUUCAAUCAGGAAGGCAAGGAGGCGAAAAAUUUCUACCACCUGUCGGAUGAUGGUGGGGAGCCGCAGAGAACCCCUCCUAAGAGACCUCCGAUUGGCGUAAGACCACGUUGUAUACAGUCGCAUGUAUCGCAACGUCAAAAAUCGUUGUCGAAAUCAGGACCCCGUGUACGUAGCGCUUCUACAGGACGUGAUAAAAAAUCCGAGCUACAGGCCCGGUACUGGGCCUUUUUGUUUGGCAACUUGGAGCGUUCGGUCAACGAAAUCUAUCUAACCGUCGAAUGCUACGAGAAUUUAUCCUCAUGCAAGGAAGCAAUAUUGGUGUUGGAAAAUUAUAUUCGGGAUUUCAAAGCUCUUGCCGAAUGGUUCAAGGUGUCCUGGGAUUAUGAGGCUACCCCAUUACCGCAGCGUCCCCACUCAUUGGCUUGGGAAGUGCGCAAAAGUAAUCCCGUUCCACGUGUCCGGAAGCAACUCUCCAGUCCAGGGAUGUCGGGUAAAUCUAGUCCUAGUUUUUCUGGAAAAAAUAGUCCAUGUCCCGUAGCGGAAGAAACCGGGCGUGUAAGUUCUCCGAAGAAAACAAACUCGUCUACGGAGAGCCUGAGUAAACGAUGUAGUUUGGCAAAAGCUUCCCGCCACGAAACAACGGAAACUUCAGCACCGUUGGAACAAUCACUUACACUGUGUGACAAUGCAAGCCUCGAAUCGUACGUGCUCAAACUAGAUCAGUACACUCAAACUAAUCUGGAAGACGAAAAUCUUACUUUGGCGGAGUAUUUGGAGAAGUAUGAUAAACAAUUUUGUAACGGAACCAUUACACUUGAUACUGAUGGAGAAAGUAAUCAAAAGGUGGAGAAUAAGCCAACCAUCGAUGUUGGUCUUGAAGAGAAAAAGUUACCCGUUGCAAGCGAUACAAAAAGCGAACAAAUGACGGUCAAAAUUUUGACGAAGAAUAUUUCGGGCGUGAAUACUGCGAGUCUAAAAUCUGGGAAAACGCAGACUAAAACGCUAACGGUACCAAAAUUGGUUGGAAGUCGCGGAAACGUUGUCCGACCCGUUCCAAAUCAAGCCCUUGUUCGCAAAUCAGCUACAGCAACGGGAUUGUCUCCUAUGAAUGUAAAAAUGGCUUCACUGCCCAUUAAAAGUGCAACAGUAUCCAAUAUGUCAUCGAACGUUUCCGUUACAAAGCAUAGAAAUGGCAUCAAGCAAACACAUGUGUUGAAACCCGGUAGUGCGCCUCGAACACAACCAGGUAACUACAAUGUGUCAGGUGUUGCGUCACGACUGUCAGUUCGAUCGAAAACCAUGAUAGAGGUUACUAGCCGUAACAAUCGUGUUUAUGCCCCUGCGAAUGGGGGUCGUAACGAUUUACAGAGGCGAUCGACGGCGAAGCUUUCAUCCGAAGUGAAUCAUUCAAAAGAAGAUAUCUAUAGCUCUACCUCGACGUUAAAAGCGUCUACCGAUCGAUUGGGUUCGCGAAACUCGAUUGUUUCCGGUAGCACGGGGAAACCUCCACACUCGCUUCAAUCCAAAGCUGGUGAUCGUCGUUCAGAGCCGAAAUCUAUGCCAUCAAGCGAUCAGACAAAUAACGAUGGGUGGUACACAGUUAAAACAAAACGACGAUCGAGUUUGCUUUGGGCCACGCGGUUCAAUCAACCUUCAGGUUAUGCAAGCUUACCCACCUUGGCGCUAUUGGAUGAAAAUACUAACAGUGAAGCGCAGUUGGAGAAAAAUGAUUCACAGGCCCCAAAAGAAAACAUGAACAAUAUCGAGGGCGACAACGAAAUCGGUCAUACGCAACGGGGAUCAAAGCGGGCGGUGGAAAAGCCUGCGAAGCCAAUACUGCAAGCAAGGGGGGCGGCACCGAAAUUGAAUGCACCGUUGGUACUAACAAUGGCAACUUCAAAGCCUGUGAAACAACAAUCAACCCAGUUCGUUAAAUCGUCACCUGUCUCGUCAGAUACGGUAGCAAAAACCCAGCAGCUAAUGGCUCCAUCCAGUCGUGUUACCGUAUCGAGGCAAAAGUCUGACUUAACUGGCUUAAAGCUAAAAACAUUACACAAAGAAUUUUUACGUAAUGAAAAACUGAAGUCCAAAAUGUUUGAUCCACAAACCACUGCGGGCUUUGUGGACAUGAAUCUUAAAAACGGUAAUGAACGUAAGGCACACACUAUAAGCUCGUCUGUGCAUGAAGGAGAUAAUCUCAUUCAUCUAAAUAUGGUUGAUAUGAAUAUACAAACAAACAUAGCUACUACAGUAAUAGAUAGUUUGUACGCGACCUGUAUGGACGAACGUUCGGAAAUAAUUUGCAAUGGGAAAAAACGAGUUGCACAAUACGUAGACAUCGCCAGUCAAUGCACCAGCGACGAUCAGGAGGAGCAAGAGCGGGAUGACUUGGAAAGCGAUGAAGAUCAGCGAAAGCUGUUGGAGGAACAGGAGAGUUUGGAAGCUCAAAUACGGGAACUGGAAAAUACAGAAAUUGAUUUCGACACGGAGACAGAUGAAACAGAUUGUGAAGCGAUUAUAGACUUUGAGGACACCGAUGCCACUGUGGAGAGUGGUAGCGAGCGACCGACUGAUAUUACGGGUAUCGAAGGUGAACAUGAUGAAGACAUUACGUUGGAGGCCCGAUAUGAACACGUGCUGGCUGGUAUGAAUUGGGUGGAUCGAGCUCGAACCCUCGAUACACUGAAAGCCAUCGUGGCCCGCCAUCCAGGCCGUGCGCAGCAGUUACACGCCAAACUGUCAAGUCCCUCCAGAAGGCGUUCGUUACAUGAAACGCUAAAAAAGUACCAGGCUAAGCAGACACGAGCCUUAGAGAAGCGACAAGCUUUGCAAAAAGAAAAGGCACUUAAAAUUCAGCAUCUCCUGGCGCGCGUUGAGGACGUGAAAGCGGCAAAACAGUGCUUGAUAGAAAAGAAGCGACUGCGUAUGGAGGAACGACUACAACGGGCGGCCGAGAAUCGUUCACAAUAUUUGAAAGACAAAAUUAAAAAAGCACAUGACGAGGAAGAAAAGUUGAGAGAGAUUGCUUUUAUUAAAAACCUGGAGGCACAGAACAAGCGGCUAGACUUCUUAGAAUCGUGCAAAGAGCAGGAAGUGCGCCUACAAGACCUUGAGACAGAACGGCAGAAGCGAGCCGAAGAAAAGGCUGCAAAAGAAGCUGCUGUUGAGCGACGCCGGCAGGAAAUCGAACAAGAACGUCAAAAGAAAUUACAGCAAAUGAGUGAAAAUCGUCGAGAGCGUGAGAAGCGUGUAGGAAAAAUGCAAGAACAGAAAGAACGGCUGCGCCAAGCAUUGGCCAGGGAGAAGGCACGGGACCGGGAGGAACGAUUGCUGGCCCUGCAACAACAAAAGCUGGCAACGGCAGAAGAAUUGCAACGAAAAAUUAUUCAAAAACAGCAAGAGUCUGCUCGCCGUCAUGAAGAAAACAUUGAACAGAUCCGGCAAAGGGCUGUUGAAAUGGCAACCAUUCCUAGCCGUAGCGCUGAUGAGUUAAGAAAUGAUGAGCAGGAUGAGGAAAACUCUAGCGUCAGCGAAAGAGAAAGUUCCCACGGUGGUGGUGCAAGCAUGGUGCCUAAAAUUAACAAAAAAAGAAUGAAGAAGUUGCGUCAAAAGUUGUCCACGGCGGCUGAAGAGUAUCUCAGUGAACUUAAUCCUUUGGCUCCGUCGAUACGUAAACAGAGCCAGGUACCACGACUACUAGGCGCAAUCGCAAAGGGUGGAAACGGUGUGCUGGGAGUGGAACGUCCGAUCGGACAGCUUUUACGAUUGAUUGCAAAAGCAGAGGUAGCAGAUUUUCAGUCACUAUGGUUGUUGGAUGGAUUGGGUACGAUUGCAUCCGUUAUAGAAAAUGGUCUGUCUCCAGGAACGGAUGUGUCAAAGAAGGCUGUAGUGCUUUCUGUACAAUUAUAUCGAAACGCUUGCACAUUGUGUCCACAAAUUGCGCGUCAUGCGGUAUUAGGAAACUCUAUUCAGGUGCUAUUGAAUGCUUUGUUGCUUUCAAUGAAGAUCCCAGAAGAAAAAAAUGCUCUAUUCCCGGUGGAGCUAUCAACUGAGCUUAUACUCGCAUGUACUGUUGCACUUUUACCAACAAGUCCCUCGCCAAAGCAAGUGACACAUCCAAAGGUUGCGGAACGAAUGCCAGAUCUUCUGAGCUACAUCGUAUGCAUUGGAUUGGUCGAGAGCUUGGUAAAGCGAAUCGAUAAGGUACAUGAAUCGAUCGAAAAUCAAACAAGCCUUGUGCUUUCACUGCUUGCUUCAUUAGGUCUGCUGACAAAGUUGGUUGAAAUAUGUCCGAAAGGUCCUGAUGUUACCAAAUUUUUGCUGACGGCACAGUCUACGGAGCUGUUCGGAACGAUCUCUUUACUUUAUGCCGCCGUUGUUCCAAUUGGUGAAAGCAUUCCUCCCAGAACGACUUCCUUGGCGGCGGCUACUUUUAAUCUUCUGGUGACCUUUGCCAACCUGAACGUUGAGACGUUCCAGGCAGUAUUAAUAGAGGAAAAUCUUUCACUAAAGUUCCUAGACGUCAUCAGUAUACUAUUGCAGUACUGUGUCCCAAAGGCGGACGUAAAAAGUGAAACACAGACUGUGAUAAUCGACUUAAUAGCAACGCUAGGUUUCUUUUGUGCCAAUAAUAAAAUCAAUCAGGAUUUAUUAACGUCGGAUCAGUACAUGUGCGUAAUUAAAAAUUUCGCCAAACUACCCAAGCAAUUCGACGUAUUAACGUAUCCAACGUUGGUUACGAUCAUUCAUGACAAUCCAAGUGCCAGAGCCGUGGUCAGCAGAGAUUUCAAUGUGGAGCUGCUGGAUGAAUUUAGAGGGUCCGAUAUGGCAAAGAAGAAUCGUAUUAUAUCCCUCCUUGUUUAGUGUGAUUCAAAGAUCUGAAAGAGUUUAUACAAGAUGGCAAAGAGCGAAGAAGAAACGUGCAAACAAAAAUGUUUGGUGAAGGUCCGUAGAGGCAUAAAAUUGUAACGGGCAGCUAACUAAUUUGGCUAUCGCGCUUAAGUAAAAGCCGCUCGUGAACGGUGUUCUUAACGGUUGGAGGAGGAAGCAUUGUAUACGAUUCGUCAACGCACGCUAAACCACGUCAACGCACGCAACGGUGGCUAACGCACGGUAAAAACAGCGAAGUGAUCCUUCUUUGAGUGUGACUGAUCCCCAUCGUUAAACGGUAUCCAUCAGCAACGUCAAUCAGUAUCAAUGCACUGCACAUUGUGCGAUUUCACGACUCUGGUCACCACAAGCUUAAAAAGUACCGAGACAAAGAUGGAUCGACAAAGCAAAAAAAAAAAAAACAAGCGCAUUAAACAUAACCGCUGCGUUUCAAGAGACGAACCACAAUGCAAAGAGGUAAAUGUUUGCCAGUGAAGAAUAAUAGUUGCACGAACCCCUCACGUCAGGCCAAACAUCAUAUGCCUGCAUCAUAUCGCACAAUAAGUACCAUAGUGUACUAAAAUGGUACCAUUACCCGCAGCAGCACCCCUUACAAUACAUUACUUUUCUGUGAUUAAUCCUUAGAUUGUAAUUGUAACACAAACGAAAUAAAUGAACACUCCACUAA